AUGUCAACUAAAUCAAAACCGAAUAAACAAAAGGCCCAGUAUAAACCCAGUAAAGCAGGAAGCGCCGGACGCAGGAAAUCAACCACUAAUAAUGGUCCUCCACCACCAUUAACAAGACGUCCUACUCGUGGAUCAGGUGGCAUUGGCACCAUCUCAGAACCUGAUACAGUUGCUUCAGAUUCUUCAGAUAUAUUAGCGAGAGGUAGAUAUGAUGCCCCUUUAGGACCAAAUGCAAGAUUGACCAAUCAAAUACAAGAAUAUUUAGACCAGACAGGUUUAGAGACUAAUUUUAAAAUGGUAUUAAAUAGACUGUUAAAUCGUACUGAUCUACCCUAUAAUCCUUAUCCUGGUUUUGCUGUUAGAAUGAGGAAAUUUGCAGAAAGAUUUUAUCUAGAGGGAGAUACCACUGAGAAAAUUGAAAUGGCUAUUGGAAAGUUACUACAAGAAACCUCACUAUUAAAUCUGUAUACAUUAAAAGAGAAUCCAUGUGUUUGGGGAUUGUCUAGUUUGUUACCUACAGUUAACCCUGGAACAUUAUCACAUUAUAAAUGGUUACUAGAGGAUAUCACACCUACAACUGAUGAUAUUAUCACAGAAGAAGAUUUUACAGUACUUCCAGUAGUUGCUAUAGUAGGACCAACUGUUUUCCUGGGUUCAUUUUAUAACCAAACACAUUUACUACAACUGAGAAUUACUUAUAUUAUUGCUGGGCCUGAUGUGUCUCAGGGUGUACCAUUAUUUGUCAACAAUGUAAUGAGAGAUAUUGAUGAUCUAGAUAACAGUAAACAACAUAGACUGCUAGGAGUCAAUGUUCCAAUUCGUAUUAGUGGUGAGGGAAAAACAGCAGAAUGGAGUUCAAGUUUCUGGGAUCCAAAUUCCAUACAAGAAGAUAAGGCUGGAUUCCUACAGCAAAUCAGUGAUGCUGUAAUUGGUAAUAGAUAUAUAAAUGUAGAGUGUGUAUUUCGUGUAGAUCCCACUAAUCAGAUGUCUUAUGUUAGAGGACAGAAACAAUAUGCUUUAAAUUUUAUUGAAAUCACCGAUACUAUAACAGAAAAUGGGCUUUCCUGUUUUUCUGAGUUUCCUAUGUCUUCCCUACAUGAAGGAGUGUUUUUAAACCAAACUCAAGCUGAACACUAUUUCUGUAUCUUUACACCUCAAACAGAAGAAGCAGAUUUACAGAAUAUACAUAUUGGAUCUGCUCGUGGAAUGACAAGACAGAGUUCUACAAGAAGACUAUCAACAAGUUCUCAGGGUGCCAAUGUCAGUGGCUUACAGAAUCAUGUUUAUCAACAGUUAGAACGUUAUAAACCACAGAAAAUUAGAAUAGAUGGUUUUAAACUAGGAGGUGAUACUGGUAGUGGUCCAUUUGCUUGGCAAAUUGUCUCCCCUUUAAAAUCCCAUUACCAAAGAAAUAUAGCUAAAAAUAGUCCUACCAAUGAUUUAUUUACUACAGUUUAUAAUGUUUUAUUAUUAGUGCUUAUGGAGAGGUCAUCCUAUUCCCCUACAUUAUUAAUAGAAAUCUAUCGUUUAUUACAUGGUACACCAGGGCGUUUAAAUUUAUUAAUGGAACAAAAUAUAUCUAUCAGAGCGUUAUUACGAGGUUUUGCCAAUACUGAUGAUAUUUAUAUUAUAAGAUAUUUACUAGCAAGAUAUAAAUCAGAUAUUGAAGAACUUUUAUCCAGCAGCUUACAAGAAAGAAGUGACAAUAUGGUAGCCUGUGGUAGAACUUUAUUAGCUAAAAUAGAUGAUUUAUUGGCUCCAGAUGAUUUCCAAUUUGGUUCUGCUUCUCAUCUUAUGUUGAUUGUGAACACUCUACGUAAUAUUAACUCUUAUUGUCAAACAAUGGCAAUACAAGUAGCAGAAGAUAGUUUACAAUGGUGUCCUAAGUUAGUGGAUUUGAUAGAGAAGAUGCAGAAGACUUUUCCAACAGAAAUGCAAAGACCACAAACUAAAUUACGUGAUAAAUCUGAACCCAAAAAGAAGACUGGCACGUUAAAAAGAGAAGUUGAUGAAGUUUAUAAACAUGGUGUAGAAGAUGAAAAUAUUAUUAAACAUGAAAACAGUGUUAUUAAUGUACAGAUGUGUAUAGAAAGAGAUACUUCACCUAAAAUAAUGUCCACUGAAUCAGUUUUAAUGAAGUAUAUGAUAGACACCCAUCUGGAUGAAACAUGGUAUAAUUUCUUAGUAGAACUAUUUACAGGGGAGUACUUACCACCAAAUCCCUACGCCAGAUUUAUAACACGACUUAGAGAAUGUGCUAUGAGAAUGGAUUUGUGUUUUGAAAAACCAUCAGAUUUAUUAGAGAGAAUAAUGGAUAAUUCACCUAAACUGGUAGAUUCAGAGAAUUUUGUAUAUCAGCUCCCCAACUGUGAUGUUUUUGGUCCACUGUCCAUAAUGUCUGUACUUGAUGCUGAUUCCUUCCUUCCCAUAGCUCAAAUAGUGGCUAAACAUUUUAUACCCAGAAAUUAUAUACAGAGAAAGGGUCCUUUUAGGGUUGGUAUUUGUCCAGCUAUAACAGGAAAUACAGUGUAUUAUGGGAAAUUACAGCCAUAUAUACGUGAAAUAACUAUAGAUGAACAUUAUUAUAUACAAGGUCCUACUGGCUGUGAAGAUGAUGUCAGGGAACUGUUUGCUAAAAUAGUCCACAGUCAUGUAUGUGAACUGAUAGAAAGAAAGACCUAUCCUGUUAUGGGUGUUUAUAUGGGUGAUGAAGAAAUUCGUUGGCCAUGGGAAGAUAUUCUCAAUAAACGUAAAGGAUUUUGGACUGAAUUUGAGAUGGUGGCAUCCAGGAAAGAACCUGCUUAUCUGAAGGCAUAUAUUGUAAUUGAUGGCUGGCGAUAUGUUCCUGUUAAGAAGAAUUUCCUGUUACAUUUUCUAAAUACUGAUGGAAUUGGGCAAGAAAAUAUGUUUGCAGAGAAUUCUAGUGGCUAUUAUCAUAGUGUUUUCCUUUCCAAAGAUAGGGCAGCAUUCCAUUUUCAAAAUGGUGGUCCUCCAAGAUCAGGUGAUCCAAUGAGUGAUGCUAAUAUAAGAUCUGUCUCUCUACAAUUAAAUGAUAUCAUAACUUCUGCAAAACAACAUGGUGAUUGGCUGAAAUUACAUAGAGCAUUACUAUUAGAAUCUACAAUGAGUCAGAGACCAGAUCAUAUAAUAGAAAGUUGGAGAAUGUUACAUUCUAUGGCAUCACAAGCUGAAUAUGUUUAUUGUUUAGGAAUGUCAUUGAGAGAUCUGACCCUGUUUAACACAGAAUAUAUUAAAUGGUUAAAUUUAAUAGAAUCUGAUGUAGGUACUGAGGUGAACAGUUUUGCCAACUCAACAAUUGGGAAAAAGACUCUGCAAGUAUUAGAAGAGAUAUGUUAUAUGAUAAAGACAAUACAAGAUACAAUAUCUAAUGAUGUACAUAAUAUUAGUCCACAAGCUCAAUCUGGUAUGAGUUCUAUUGAGAAUGAUGAAGCCAAAAGACCUAUUAGUGUAGCAUCUACUCAAUUAGACAAUCCAAAUAGAUAUCAUCAUCCACCUAAAGCUAUUAGAGCUAUGCUUAGUGAAGGUGAUGUUUACAUGUCAAAGCCAAACUAUAGGUGA